AUGUCAUCACUUAAUGUUGGACCAUCAGGUAUGGGCCCACGAGGGCCAUCAGGUAUGGGCCCACGAGGGCCACCAGGCAUGGGUCCACAGGGGCCUGGUGUUGGGCCACCAGGCAUGGGUCCACGGGGGCCUGGUGUUGGGCCAUCAGGCAUGGGUCCACGGGGCGCUGGUGUUGGACUGCCAGGCAUGGGUCCACGGGGCGCUGGUGUUGGACUGCCAGGCAUGGGUCCACGGGGCGCUGGUGUUGGACCGCCAGGCAUGGGUCCACGGGGCGCUGGUGUUGGACCGCCAGGCAUGGGUCCACGGGGCGCUGGUGUUGGACCACCAGGCAUGGGCCCACGGGGUCCAGGUAUGGGUCCACAAGGUCCUCAUAUGGGCCCGCCUGGGAUGGGUCCACAAGGUCCUCAUAUGGGCCCGCCUGGGAUGGGUCCACAAGGUCCUCAUAUGGGCCCGCCUGGGAUGGGUCCACAAGGUCCUCAUAUGGGUCCGCCUGGAAUGGGUCCGCCUGGAAUGGGUCCACAAGGUCCUCAUGUGGGCCCGUCUGGAAUGGGUCCACAAGGGCUUGAUGUGGGUUUAUCUGGGAUGGGUCCUCGUGGUUUGAGUCCACCAAACUUGGGCUCUGAUAUGGGUCCUGGAACAGGUAUGGUACCUCGAGUUCCUGGAGCACCUUCUCCUAGAGGUCUACCAGGUACAGGACCACGUGCAUCUUUAGGUAAUGAACCAAGGUUAGGACCCACCAAUCCUAUGAUGAGACCAUUGCAUACUGAGUCUCCAAGAAGUAAUCGUUCAGGGCCUGUGAUUCAAGUUGAUGAAUAUGAUGACUCACCCUCACCAGAUAUGCGGAGACGCAGUUCAACUUCUGGUCAAUUACAGAAAUCUCGGAGGGGUAUUCCUGAAAAUUUUGACAAAGAAAUCAGAGAUUUGAUUCUUGGGAAGCCUGCUGGAGGCAAUAGGAACCUAGGCCAAACUAAUAACCAAAAUAUGUCAGGACGUAAGGGAAUGCUUGCGGUUAAGAAUGGUAAUGCCACUUCCCAUCAUCACAUGGACAAUCAGCAGAGCUCUUCUCCAUAUUUGAAUCAGAAAAAAAGCUCUCUAAUCAAUAACAACCUUCCAUCCAAUAUAAGAAGUGAUACUCUUCACUCAGAUGAUGCAUACUACCGCAGUGUUGACACUGAAUCCCUGUCAGACUUCUCUGAUUGA